UAGGGUACGAGUGGGACCGAACUGUGGAUGUCGAGACGGACAGUCCACAUUUCUUGGAGUGUUCCUCACAUCACUCGCAAAGUGGCUCUUGAAGGGGGGGAAAUCAGUGAGAAGUGAACCAUGGGCUCGAUGUGAUAGUGCGACCCACAAUUACACAACCGACCGUCAGGACAGCCACCUUCUCUCUCCCUUGCUCUCUCUCUCUCCCUCUCUCUUUACCAUCCACUGCCUUCAGUUUCGCAGACCAAUCCAUUCUCUUCUUCGACUUUGCUUGAUCCAAGAUGGACCCGAAUGUUAGAGGCCGUGAUUUAGCUGGAGGGGUUAAUGUGGCACCCGAAGGCCUUGGGGACGCAAUUGCAGCCAAAAGGGCAUCGCGAGGUUUUGAAUCCGCAGAGGAAAUGACGGGGAAAAUGGUCUUGCCAUUGGAGGAACCGCCGGCUCCUGCGGUGCCAGUGCCAGACAGUCAUACCGACCCCGAAAGAGAGACUUAUGAGCGGUUCCAUGGUGAGAAACCGAGCCAUGGAAUCACACGGCCAAUUUCCCCGAAAAUGAACCAGCUCUUCCCUCUAGAUACCAAGUCAGGGAAUGCAGCACAUACUCGGGAAAUCGACCAAGGUCUCCAAAGCACAAUUCAAUCCGCCAUCACGGACAUUGAAAAGGAUCUCGAUGAAGGCGAGUUCCAAGAGGUCGCCCCAUUAAUCAACGGGGAUGGGGAGGAAAACAAGGAGAACCAGGGAGAGCUUCCUCAUGUCAAUGGUGAUGCGCAGAAUGGAACUAAUGGAUAUCACCAUGAGGAAGAUCAAGUGGGUCCCAUGGUUCAACUCAAUAAUCCAGUCAGACUAAGAUUGCCUCACGAGUUCAAGGGCAAAGUUAGACCAAUGUCCAUGCCGGCUGAGAUGACAAAUUUUGAACCCAUGGGCCUCCCAGAAGUUGGAAUGAACGGACCCAGGAAGGUCAUGCAACCCCAUGUGGCAGACAACACCGAUGGCCCCGGGGUUCAGGCCCCGUUCAAACCACAGAUGCAAAUGGUACAAACCAAGAGCCAGAGCUCCACCUCCAUGAGCUAUUCGAAAACAUCAUCGUCGACCAUGGUGAUUGAUGCUGGUCCAGACACGGGAUCCCUGAAGAGAAGAAAUCCUAAACAAAUGUUCACGGACAGCGCGUUCUACUCGCCACAACAUCAUCCCAGUGUUCAGGAGCAGGUUGAGAUGGCUCAUAAGUUAUCAUCAUCUCUGUAUGAUGAGGGUAAUAGGACCAGUGUUGGUCAAGAAAUGUUCAUGAAAAGGGCCAAGAAGUCAGGCAAGUGGAUUCAUGGGAGUGCCAAGGGAGACGGAUUCACAACCUACGAAGAUGAGGAACCCCCUCGUCACGACAAGGUUCCCAACUUAAAAUUGGUCAUGAAUCCGGAUGGAAAACUCCAUGAUUGGACCGACUUGCCCGAGGAGGAACUCCCCGAGAUGCAGAUCUUGGCACAAGGCGGUGCUUCACCAGACACCGCUCACCAUGUGGUCGAAAACUUGGAGGCUUGCAAAGGCCGCGGUGGGGAGCUCUUCGCGAAGAGGAAGGAGAAGGCUGAGAAAUGGGUCAUUGACGAAAACACCUUGGGGCGUGAGGAUCCCAGACGCCACGCCGAUAAGUAUGUCCAGCAACAGACCAUGCACCAGGAGCAAAUCAUGAAGGAGAAGGAGAUGGACAUGCAGCGGAAGAUGCAAGAGCAACAACGCAUGAAAGAGGAGUCCUACCAACGGCAAAGGGAGGAGGAGCGGGAGCGAAAUCAACUCAUCCAGGCCCAGACUAUGGAACAACAACAACAAAUGGCGAUGCGGCACCAGAAGACCCGUCAAGCCAUCCAGAAACAACAAGGAGGGGUUAUUCGUUCCCAAGCCCAAGAGGGCACACCGGCUUGGGUGAAGCAACCACAACAGCUUCAAAAUCCUGGAAUGUAUGGCGGUCAUUCUGCGUUCAAGGAACCGCGAGAUAAUUUCCAUCCUACUGCUGUGGAUGGUGGACCUUUCCACCAUAAGAAUCAACAUCAAUCUCAACAAUAUGGCUCACAGGCGCAACAAAGUCAGCAGCAAUUCCAACAAUUCGAAUCGCACCAAAGCCAAAGCUUCCAGCAGACUCAGCAGUUUGAUCAGUUUCAGCAGCAACAACUUCAACAACACGCCCAAUCAUACCAGUCGAUGCCGCAGCCCGAAUCUUACCGAGCUCCUGCGCAAAUUCAACCCUCUUUCUCGUCGAGCUUACCCCCUCCUAUGGCUAUGCGAGAGGUAGAACUACCAGCGUCUGUCAAGCCUUGCAGUCUCAAGGGUCAUCUGUUCACCCCCAAGUUCGACGAUUCAAUUCACAAUGCCCAGGGAAUCAAUGUUUGGACUGCCAAGAUGCCCAAACCUUGGGGAUCUAAAUCAAGCACUCUUCCAAGAUCAUCCCGGAUCAAUGAGACUUAUUCCGGUUCACGCAAAAGUUCCAUUGAAGUGUCAAGGAGUGUGCCUAGAGAAUCUGAGAUGCCAUCUCUGGAAUCUAUGCAACCCAAGGAAACAAGAUAUCCAUCAGAGCUAAAGGUCAAUAACUUUCACCAGCCCCAACAAUCCCAACCAACGUUCCAGCAAACCACAAAGCCCAAAUCGCCACCUCGUCACGAAUCGCAACCUCCCAUGGCGUUUGAGAACCAACUUGAGGCAGAAAAGUACCGAGAAUAUGAGGAAUGGAUGAAGGCUCAGGCCAAAGAGCAAGAAACUUUGGAAUAUGAUUGCUCCGUCAAGUAUGUAGAGAAGCAAGCACCAAAUGAGAAACCUCAGAUGCUUGAGCAACGCCCUACUAUGGUGGAGAGUUUCCAAGCCCAACAAUCCUCUCAAUACCGUUAUUCCGAAGAGAGAAGUUUCCAAGUUCAGCAGCAAACGCUACAACAAACCAUUCAAAAGUCGCCUUCACUGGAUCGACCACAACAACCUCAAGAACAACCCUCAUUUGAUCAAGACCAAAAUAGGGCAGCCGCAGAAGAAAUGCAAAGACGGCAACAAGAGGCAGCCGAUCAAGCAAGAAUGGAGCAGGAAGCAGUAGAACGUCAAAGACAAGAGCAAGAAGCGGCUGAGCGACAACAGCAAGAGCAAGAAGCGGCUGAGCGGCAAAGGCAAGAGCAAGAAGCGGCUGAGCGGCAAAGGCAAGAGCAAGAAGCGGCUGAGCGGCAAAGGCAAGAGCAAGAAGCGACUGAGCGGCAAAGACAAGAGCAAGAAGCGGCUGAGAGGCAAAGGCAGGAGCAAGAAGCGGCCGAGAGGCAAAGGCAGGAGCAAGAAGCGGCUGAGAGGCAAAGGCACGAGCAAGAAGCGGCUGAGCGACAAAGGCAGGAACAAGAAGCAGCUGAGAGGCAAAGACAGGAACAAGAAGCGGUGGAGCGGCAAAGGCAGGAACAGGAACAUGCAGAACAACUCCGAAUGCAGGAACAAGAAGCAGCUGAGCGACAAAGGCAAGAACAGGAACAUGCAGAACAACUCCGAAUGCAGCAACAAGCUGCUGAGCAACGUGCAGCUCAGGAAGAAUACCAACGCCAACAAGCAGCAGCAGAGGAGGCUCGGUUCCAACAAGAACAAGAGAAGCAAAGAUCUCAACAUGAGCAACAAGUAAGACAACAAGAGGAGCAAGCGCGCCAACAACAGGAGCAGAUGAGACAACAGGAACAAUUCCAUAUGCAGCAAGAAAAGCAGAUGCAAUGGCAAAAGCAACAAGAACAGCAACUACAGCAGCAACAACAGACCCAACUAGCUCAACCCAUGUGGCAGCCACCUAGCCAGGAUGGCAAUUACUCACUUCAAUCCUCAUCCAUGUCGCAAUCUCAAUCCUACUCGUUCCAGUCCCAGUCCCAGUCCCAGGUGCAAACUCAGCAGACAUUUGGACACUCUCCAGGCCAACAACCCGUCCAGUUCCAAAACUAUCACCAUUCUGAAUCCCAGCAAAAGCAGUCCAGCAGCUUCCAAGUGUCGUCUUCAAUGGAAGGUGCCGAUUACUCCACUUCCUUGCGGCCAACAACUACUGGAGCACUUAUUCGCACGCAGGGGGAUAUCCAUUUCACCACUGCACCCUCCAAGCAGGGUCAAUGGGAUGACUCAGACAACUCGACCUUCUCAUCUUUGCGUAAAACUGAAUUUGGAGACCAACUCAGACAAACUGGAUCCAUUGGGCGCCCUCGCCUUUAUGGCGAGGAAGACCAAGAUGUGUCCCCAUUUUCAUCCUUAAAAGCAACUGAAUUUGGCAAUCAGCUCCGAGUAAAAGGGGACAUUGAGAAAUCUCCCUCCGGCCUUCAGCAGAACUACGAUAUGGAGAGCCAACAACGGCAUUCGGUCAAAAAUCUUGUUGAACAUUUCAAACAAGCCGCCCCACCCCCCGACAUGAUUUCCAGACCUGUGAAGCGUCAGGAAAUGAUCGUGCCCCAAGUUCAACCCUUGCAGCCUAAACCACAAUUCACUCAGCCACAACAGCAACAGGAGCAACCACAAGCGUCUGCUCAGUCCAUGCAAAUGUCUGAUCAACAAGCCUUUCAACAAAGCCAAUCAAGUCUAUCGAACUCCCAUAUCGCCGACUAUUGUACCAUUGACGGGUCAUUUGGCGGACAGGGUGGAAUCAAUGGGGGCAUUCAAGAUCCGUCUGCCAUCUUGGGAGUCAAUGAAGAAUAUGUAGAAUCUCAAAGUCGGCGAAGGAUUGGAGACCAUCCCAACCAACCCGAGCAUCACCUCACAGAUGCUGAGGUGGAAAAGUGGGAUAACCAUAAUGCCAUUGCCAGAGGCUGGAGGAACGUGGAUGAUACCUAUCGGCCCGUAACUUUCCGGAAAUUGUACGGCAUCAAGGGCAGCCCGCAACUCAAUCGCAAAUCCGCUAUGUACUAGAUUUCCCUCAUUUGAGGAUCCCUUUCUGACCAUCUUGGAACCAACCCCCUUCCGAGCCCUUACAAGUGACUGUGAUGCUUUUCUGGCUCCAGUGAUUGAAAGAGAAUUUAUAAUCGAUGUUUUCGUUCAACGAGAAUAUUGAAGUCUGUGUCAAAACUCGUGACGAGACAGUUGAAUGGAUCAAUAAAGAGAGACAAUUUCUUAA